UAACCUACAGGCUAGUCACGCCUGUCCUCUCCUCAGACCGUCACGCCUGUCCUCUCCUCAGACCGUCACGCCUGUCCUCUCCUCAGACCGUCACGCCUGUCCUCUCCUCAGACCGUCACACCUGUCCUCUCCUCAGACCGUCACGCCUGUCCUCUCCUCAGACCGUCACGCCUGUCCUCUCCUCAGACCGUCACACCUGUCCAAUCAGUGGUCUGUAACUCCUAUCCUGUCUUUGGGACACCAGAAGGGUAGAUGGUUACAGCCUACUACUCUGCUAUUGAAGCUGAUUCGGAGAGUUACAGAACCAAUAAGGGUUUGGACGUCUUCAUCUUCUCCUUCAUCGGUGUGGCUGGAAUAUUGUGACAAUGCCCUCCACCAAGAAGGCUCUGCAUUUUCUGGGUAGCGCGCUGGCUACUACGGUGUCCGUGGCGAUUUUAGGUUAUGGGAUGUCGACAGAAUGGGCCGUUUCCAAAAUGCUUUGCUCUGGACCUGAAAACAUUUUCACCAACGGCUCCGCCAACAUAUCAUAUGAGCUUUUCUAUGGGGUGAUCGCCAGAGGUUCUUGUCCAGUGUUCGGAGGUGAAAAGACAAUUCAAGUGUUUGAGAAGUUGGCAGAGACAGGUGGAGCUCCUCAGAUCCUCCACGGCAUAGUGAUCACCCUCCUGGCCCUGUGUCUGCUCUGCUCUGCGGGCAGCAUCCUCAUCACUCUGUACAACAGCGUCAGUAACCCCUACCAGACGUACAUGGGACCCAUAGGGCUCUACACAUGCAGCUCUGGCAGUGCGUGCAUCUCCUUCCUGGUGCUCAUCCUGUACGUAGUGAACGUCCAGCUGACCGAAAUGUCUGAAGACCUGGUUAAGAACGACGUGGGAAUCGUUUCAGUCAACCUGAAGGACAAGACCUCAGAGUUCCAGGUGGGAUACUUCCUGCUGAUCCCCUACAUGGUGCUGAGUCUGCUAGCCAUCCUCCUGGUGUAUCUGUUUGAGCACGCUGCCUACACACACAGACAGGAGCAGCAGAGGCCCACGGAGGACGCUCCUAAAGAGAUCAUGAUGUAUUAAUAUAUAUAUGCACACGUCAGGAUACAGAUUCAUAAGAUCCUGACAACAACAUCUCCCUAACAGACUGACACUGACACUGUGUUGAAUAGUAAAACUCAGUGUCCUUGAAAUGGGCGUGUAGGAUCCAGGACUGAUCAGAGCUCUUAUAACAUAUCUCACAGGCUAAUAUAUAAUUAACUCAGAUCACCUUGUUUCAUCGUUACUACAUUUUACUCUCGCUUUCUGUUUAUAUAUUUAUGAAUAGCUGACAUUUACAUUCCAAUUGAAUUCAAAAUGCUUUAAAAAAUGACACUGCCUGCUUAGUAAAAUAGCGUAAGUUUAAUGGUGUGUUUAGCUGAAAAGAGAAGUAUACAGCAAGUUGAUUACACUACCAUAUAGUUUGUUUUGUUAAAUACCAGAAGACAAUACAUUGGUUUCUUCCAUAAAUACAUCAUAAUAUAUAUUCUCUAAAAUGUCAAUUCUAAUAAUAAACCGUGUGGAUAUUUAGGAUUUUCUCACUUAAAGGGGCAAUCUGCAAUUCUUACAAAUAACAAACCUACCACCCCCACCAACAGCUGAAAGAUGGGGCUACAGGAAUGUCUCCCUCUCAAACUCAUGUGACAGAGCUUUGUAUACAAAGACUCACCAUCCAUUAUAUAGCCAGCAGCAUACCACCCUGCAUCCCAGUGCUGGCUUGCUUCUGAAGCUAAGCAAGGUUGGUCCUAGUCGGUCCCUAGAUGGGAGACCAGACGCUGCUGGAUGUGGUGUUGGAGAGCCAGUAGGAGUCACCCUUUCCUGUGGUCAAAAAAAAUAAAUGCCCCAGUGCAGUGAUUGGGGACAUUGCCCUGUGUAGGGUGUUGUGUCUUUUGAAUGGGACGUUAAACAGGUGUCCUGGCUCUGAGGUCACUAAAGAUCCCAUGACACUCAUACUAUCCUGGCCACCUAGUCAUCCCCAGCUUACAAUUGUCUCAUUCAUCCCUGUAACUAUUCCCCAGGUCGUUGCUGUAAAUGAGAACGUGUUCUCAGUCAACUUACCUGUUGGAAAAAUAUCAAGAUGAUAGUUUUAGCAAUGUUUUUAAGGCUAUACAAGUGUGAAUCUACAUUUCCAUUGUUUACAAAACAAAUUGGUAAAACAAGCUGAUAUUUUGAAUGCUGAUGGGAUACGACAGUUGAACCAAAGCACACGAAGCAUCUAUGAGUUAUGUUCUUCAAGAAUCACCGGGGUUGACACUGAGCGUACAAAACAUUAAGAACGCCUGCUCGUUCCAACUAGGAUUAGGUGUUCUUAAUGUUUUGUACGCUCCAGGGUAUCUUUCAUUUUAGGAACAUGAAUUCUUAAAGUCCUUGAUGCUGUAAAAUACACUUUGACCUACUUGUAUCGACAGGUUGAGUUCCUGUAUCUAUGACAUCACUGGUGUAGUUAUCUUAAAAAAAAAAAAAAAAAAUUCAGUAGCUGACGUAGCCUAGAACUAUAUGGCUACGUUUACACACGCAGCCCAAUUCUGAUCUUUGGACCAAUUACAUCAGAUCUUUUCACAUCGGAUAUUUUUCUGAUCGGUUAGGGUCAAAAGACCAUUUAGUGAAAAGUAAAUCAGAAUUGUGCUGUCUGUGUAAAAUGCAGACCUGUGUAGCCUAGGUUACAGGAAUUAUUAUUUCAGUCUCUCUCUAAAGGUCAACAUGAGGAAGAGACUGUAUUUAGAGGAUGGACCCAAAAACACAACACACAAAGGACAGAAACACAACACAUAUGCUAAGAAUCAAUAAAGCACAAAUAACAGCUAUAAACAUUUCUCUUCACGCCAAAUGAACGACGGCCUUGUUGUUCUGUCACUUGGGGGGCAGCAACAAUACACUCCCCAAUCUGUUCCACAGUUAGAAUCAGUCAGAACUAUGACUCUCUGCUGCCAUCUGUCUGUGGGACUGAGUAUUGUUCUUCAAUGAAAAUCAGGAGUAUGACUCUCUGCUGCCAUCUGUCUGUGGGACUGAGUAUCGUUCUACAGUGAAAAUCAGAACUAUGACUCUCUGCUGCCAUCUGCCUGUGGGACUGAGUAUCGUUCUACAGUGAAAAUCAGAACUCUGCCUCUCUGCUGCCACUUAUCUGUGAGACUGAGUAUUGUUCCACAGUGAAAAUCAGGAGUAUGACUCUCUGCUGCCAUCUGUCUGUGAGACUGAGUAUUGUUCCACACAACAUUUAUAAUCAUUAUCUUUACUUCAGCAGGUUGGCAAGCCAAUGGUUUGUCUACCUUACACGUUGUUUUGUACUUCCUUGUUUGUACUUCCUGUAUUAACUCUUAGAUGUUUUGUUUGCAGUGUCUAGCUGAAAUGCAGCCAAUAUGCUUUUGGGGAAUCUGACAAACCUGUUUUUGCUUACAGUGUCUAGCUGAAUUAUAGCCAAUAUGCUUUGGUGAAUCUGUCAACCUGUUGAGUGUCUGUGAGAUCCAUUACAUUGCAUGUGGGAGCUUU